AUGUGGGGCGUGGUGAUGGUGGCCGCAGGUUGGGAGCAUGUCGCAUUGGCAUGGGCGAGUCUCCGAACCCUGCGGAGCUUGGGAUGCCAGUGGCCAAUUCAGCUGUGGCACCUGGGGAAAGAGAGCAUCACAAGAGAAGUGGAGAUGCUGUUUCGUUCCGAGCUUGAUGUUGAGCCUAUAGAUGUGCAUAGAGCUAGACGGGAGGAUCCUCUCCUGUCAGAGCCCAGCCUGAUGAGCUUCGUGCCUGCAGACCGGGAGGAUGCAGGAGUCCAUUGCUUGAAGGGGGAUCCUGUUGCUUAUUCUUUGCCGCCGGUCGCCGUGCACUUGAGCAACUUCUCUCAGGUCUUGCUCAUGUUCCCUGACUGGGUUGCCUUUGAAGAUGUCUGCACUGAGUCGAUCUGGAUGCGGAAGGAUGGAUCGGCAGCGAGCGCCUUCUUCCAUGCUGGUAGCUCCCGUGUACAGGACCUGUCAUACUAUCCGAAGGCCUGGCUGUCGUUUGGACUAUCGGCACCGGCAGACGAGUGGGAGGUGGACGAGUCGGCACUCUUCCUGGAUAAGUCGCAGUGCCCCAAGGGUGCCCUGGUGGUAUUGGAGAUGCUUCUAAGGAAUGCGCAGAGGUCAACGCCUUUGUUCCCGUGCGGCACGGUUGCCUUCUGGCGCCCGGCUUGGGAGUUGGCGGGCUGCCGUUGGAGCUUCUCACGUUACCCUCCUGCGCUUUUGGGAUUCAAGACAGUCGACCAUAAGAGCUUCUUGGGAGGUGGACGUGGUGCACGGGAUACCGAUGAUGGGCAUGUGUUGGGAGUGCAUUUUCAAUGGUUUAAAUACUAUUGGUUGCAGCGGCCAUCCCCAUUUGUGCCCAUGGUGGCAAACGUGGCUGCACUCUCGCUGGAGCCUUUGUGGGAUCCUGAAAGCUUGAAGUUGGCAGUGGUUGGCUAUGCGAACUCCGCGAACUUUCACUUCGCCCAGUAUGAAAAUUACAGCCAGUGCAGUCUCUUCGAGUUGGAAGAGGUUGCUUCGGAGUCCUUCCCGAAGUGGACUGAGAUUUGGAAGGAUGCCUGGAGGGAGGCGUUCAGCGAAAUUACCAGCUGCCCAGAGCACGACGCCCGGUGCUGGUGGAAUGAGGUCUGCCUGCCGGAGCCGUGCACGUUGCUUGGGGCCGGGGCCAACACAGAGCCAGGCACUUCGUUGACUUGA